CCCACUUCCCCACUUCCCCACUUCCUUUCUAUAAUUAGUUAAUUAAUUAAUUAGCAUGGUCGGCGUUGUUGCAUGCCAAGAAGACGUUGCAAUUGCCGAGAAGUUUCAACCCACUUCCCUAUAAUUAUUUAUUUGCGAUGCGUAUUGAUCUAUAAUUCGACCUUCUUCCUCUUCUUCUUCAUCAUCUCAUUCCAUGGCCUUUCAAUUAGGAACUUCUUCCUCUUCUUCAUUGCCAUUAUCUCCUUUCAUCCCUUCACAAAAUCAUGAUGUAUUUUUAAGCUUUAGAGGUAAAGAUGUUCGCCACAAAUUUAUUGCUCAUCUAAACCGAGCUUUACGUCAAAGUGGAAUCAAGACUUACAUGGAUGGUGUCGACCUUGAGAGAGGGGAACAAAUUUCAUCAGAACUUUUUAAAGCUAUUGAAGAGUCAAGGAUUUCAAUCAUUGUACUUUCUAAAAACUAUGCAGAAUCCAAAUGGUGCUUGGACGAGUUAUUGAAGAUUCUUGAGUGCAGAAAAACAUUCAAACAAACUAUUCUACCGAUAUUCUAUGAGAUAAAACCAUCAGACGUACGAGAUCAAAAAGGAAGCUUUGGAGAAGCAUUCACUAAACUUGGAAAGAAAAUCAAGGAUGACAUAAAGCUACUAGAGUAUUGGAAGGAAGCUUUAGAAGAAGUAGCCAAAUUGUCCGGGUUGGAAUAUAUAGCGUUCAGGGAUGAUGAGUCAGAAUUUAUCCAAAACAUCAUUGGGUGGAUCAACUCAAGAAUAGUAAACCAAACACCUCUAAGCGUUGCCAAGUAUCCAGUCGGGAUAGAGUCUCGUAAACAAGACAUUUAUCAGCAUUUAAUUAUUGAAAGAAAUGAUAUUAUACGUAUUGUAGGGAUAUUCGGAACCGGUGGAAUUGGUAAGACGACUAUUUCAAAAGAUAUCUAUAACCAGAUUUCCUCUCAAUUUGAAGGAAGUUGUUUCUUGAGGAAUAUUAGAGAAAUUUCAAAACAGACAGGAGGUUUGAUUCAGCUGCAAAAUACCCUUCUUGUUGAUAUUUUAGGAACAAGUUUGGAUGUUCAUGAUACUGACAAAGGAAUGAAUAUGAUUAAGCACAGACUUUGCUCUAAAAGGGUUCUACUAAUUCUUGAUGAUGUGGAUGAGUUGGUUCAAAUUGAAAAAUUAGUUGGAGAUCGCGGUUGGUUUGGUUUGGGAAGUAGAAUUAUCGUGACAACAAGAGAUCAACGAUUACUAAAAAUCUCUGAAGUUGAUUCAAAGUAUGAGUUGAAGCCCUUGGAUGAAAAUGACGCUCUUCAGCUCUUUAGCUUGCAUGCUUUCAAGAAAGAUGAACCAUCUUAUGAGUAUUUGGACCUUGCUAAACAAGUAAUACAAUAUGCUAAGGGCCUUCCAUUGGCUUUAGCAUUGCUAGGUUCGGAUCUAAAGGGUAAAAGUACACACCAAUGGAAGAGUGCAUUGGAUAAAUAUAAAAACAUUCCCAAUAGAGAUAUUCAGAAAGUACUUUUAGCGAGUUACGAAGGAUUAGAUAAUAAUGAGAAGGAAAUGUUUCUUGAUAUUGCCUUUUUCUUUAAGGGAGCACAUUUGGCUAAUAUCAUAAAAAUAUUUGACGAUUGCGGUUUUUUUCCUAAUGAUGGUAUCGACAGGCUUAAAGACAAGUGUCUUAUUUCUAUUGAACGUGGAUAUGUUUGGAUGCAUGACUUGCUACAAGAUAUGGGUCGAGAAAUUGUUCGUCUGGAAUCACCCAACGAACCUGGCCAACGUAGUAGAUUGUUUUUCCAUGAAGAUGUCCGUCAUGUAUUGGAAGAAAGCACGGGCACAAACAAAGUUUCAGGCAUGAUAAUAGAAAUGCCUAAAGGUGAGGACGCGAUAAGCUUGAAUCCUGAAGCAUUUGUACAGAUGAAAAGACUUAGAGUAUUUAUCAAUCGUAAUGCAAGUUUUUCAAGUGGACCUAAUUAUCUCUCCAAUGAGUUAAGAGUACUUGAUUGGUUUGAAUAUCCGCUACAAUCUUUGCCACCCAAUUUCCAUGGAAAUAAACUCAUUAUCUUUAAAAUGCGUGGUGGCUUCAUCAAGGAGUUAAGCUUCAUCAAGUUUAAGAAUUUGACAAAUAUGGAUUUUAGUGAUUGUAAUUUCUUGACAAAAGUUCCAGAUGUUUCAAGCAUCCCAAACUUGGAGAAAUUGAUUGCCAAAAAUUGUACAAAUUUAGUUGAGGUGCAUGAUUCCGUCGGAUCCUUGAGGAAUCUUUUUUUUUUGAGUUUUUGGGAAUGCUCUAACCUCAGAAUUCUUCCAAGAAGCCUCAAGUUGAGAUCUUUAGCUGCACUUGAACUUGAUGGUUGCUCAAGCCUUCGUAGCUUUCCUGAAAUUGGUUGUGAAAUGAAUUCUUUAACUAGUUUAAAUCUAUCGGGCACUGCAGUGGAAGAACUACCAUUAUCAAUUGGCAAUCUUACUAAACUUGAUAAAUUAUAUCUAGAUAAGUGCAAAAACCUUAAGCGUCUCCCAAUUAACAUUAUUCUUCAGUUGCAACAUUUAAGGGAUGUUGGGAUAUUUGUUAGUUGUACAAAUCUAGUAAAGAAGAUGGGGUCUACAACAAUGGAAGAUGAGAUUUCAUCGAAUGAAGAACAACUCCAAGAAUUGGCGCCUCCAACGAAUUCAAGCAAUGGAAGCAGUGCAUUACAAGUGUUGAAUCAUCAGAAUUGUUUCCAAUCAGAAUCAAAUUUCUUUCCAAUAUCAAGUUUCUUUACCAUGUUUAAUUCUUCAGACACUUUGACUGAUUUAGAUCUAUCGGGAAGUGAAUUUGUUAGCCUUCCCACAAGUUUCAAAGGAUUUGUUGCACUUAAAAUGCUCAACUUGGAGGAUUGCAAGAAACUUGAAGAAAUCUUAGAACUUCCACCAAAUAUAAGAUCAGUAAAUGUUAGGGGAUGCAAGUCGUUAGAAAGAUUUUCAGAAGUGUCGAGGAUAAUGGAAUUCAAUGGAAGCCACAUUAAAUCGCUAGAUUAUAUUUCCUUGGAAGGCUGUGACAAAAUGCAUGAGAAGAUUUGGAAUUAUAAAGUGCCAAAUCCAUUACAGUGGAAGGGACGUUAUAAUGCCGCUGUAUUACCAGAAAAUGAGAUUCCAGAGUGGUUAUGGUAUCAGAAAGAAUUUUUAGAAAAUGAAAUUGCGAAGAGAGGGGAUGAUGAUAUCCAAUUUAAAAGAGAUGAAGAAUGGGUAAUAAAUAUUGAGGGGUCACACUAUGUGGAGGAUAUAAACGGAAUUGUAAUAUAUCUCGUUACAUUUAUUAAAGAAGAUUUUAGUCGAUUUGAUUUUUAUCCUGUUGUUGACAUAGGCAGAAUGGAUGCAAAAAGUGUACUUUUGUCUAAUCAUGAUGAAGCUUAUUGUGAUCGGUACAGAAGAAAGAGUAUCAUAGACCAAUAUAAAGUAUUGAUGUGGUACAUUGAUUCAGAAUCACUUGAGUUUAAGGUUUUGGACAAUUUGUGCGUUGAACUUCGAGCUCGUUUUCAUCCCGAUCGUUUUCAUCCCGAUCCUUCUUGGGAACAACUUUGCUCACGGUGUUAUUAUGUAAGUUUUGGAGUCAAUGUUGUAUACAAGCAUGAAAGUAAAAGAAAAAGAAAAAGAAAAGAAAAGAAAAAUGUAUACAGGCAUGAAAGUAGAGCACGUGACAAAAGAAAAAUGAAGUGAAUUAAAUGAUGGCCAAGUGGAAUUUCAGGUAACGAAUAAAUUUGGAUGCUAUUAUAAAGCAAGGGUGUGGUACUCCGAUUUAGAAUCAUUUGAGCUAAAGUUCAACUUCCCGGUGAUAGUGCUUUUUUGCGGAUGCCAUAUUAUAGGAGUUGGGGAGCCAAUAUUGUAAACAAGCACGAAAGCAAAGCACAUAAAAGAUGAAAAAUGGAUUGAAUUAAAUGAUAGGCCAAGUGGCCUGUUGCUACUAUUUCUUUGGAAUUUCAGGAUUUUUCAGUCCAUCCAAAUCAAAGGACAGAGAAGAAACUGAAGAAAGUGAAAAUGGAGUGUUUGAUGAAAUGUCCCAGUUAACUUGAGAGCACCAAGAAUCUUCAUUUGCAUUGUACGAGAAUUUCGGACUAACAGUCGAGGUAAUGAGCAGCAGAUUACCCACCUUUGCAACAGAUUGGGGAGGCCCAGCAGAAAUUAUUGUUGAUGGAAUCUCAGCAUUUCACAUUGACCUCUAUAAUGGUGAUGAAUUGAGCCGUAAGAUUAUUGAUUUCUUUGAAAUGUGCAAGGCGGAUCCUGAAAAUUUGAACAAGAUCUCAAAAGCUAGUCUCUGGCCUAUAAAUAAAUCCUACACAUGGAAGAUUUAUGCAAACAAGCUGCUGAACAUGGAUGAACCAUAUUUGUAUAAUGAUGAUGUAACGAAUAAAACCAGAGGCCAAUAUAAUAUUGGUGGGGCGCUCUGAUUUAGAAUCGUUUGAGCAGCUAAAGGUUUCGGAUAAUUUGAUGGUUCAACUUCAUAUUCUUCUCUAUAAUGGUGAUCAUUUGUGGGUACCAUUUUAUAUAAGAUGGGGAGCCAAGAUUCUAUACAAGCAUGGAAGCAGAGCAGAUAAAAGAAGAAAAAUGGAUUGAAUUAAAUGAUGGGCCAAGUGGCCUGUUGCUACUAUUUCUUUGAAAUUUCAGCGCCUUCCAUUCACUGCUAUUGGUGUUGGGCUCAGCACAUUUGACAAAGCAUCUGAGUUAUCUUGGAUACCUAAUACAUGGUUUUGGUGCAACGGCUACUUGCUGCCCCACCGAGGAGGUCAUAGAUCUACUCAGAUAAAUUGUGGUCCUCAAUAUGGAUUGAAGACUUAAUGCUAUAGCUCUGUUUCGGAAGUUUAUUUAGUAAUGAAUAAAUGAUUUAGAAUCAUUUGAGCUAAAGGUAUCUGUAACUUCCCGGUGAUGGUGCUCUUUUGCGGAUGCCAUAUUGUAGGAGUUGGGGAGCCAAUAUUAUAUACAAGCAUGAAAGCAGAGCACAUAAAAGAAGAAAAUUGGAUUGAAUUAAAUGAUAGGCCAAGUGGCCUUUUGCUACUAUUUCUUUGGAAUUUCAGUUGGUUGUUCUUGCGCAUUGCAGCUACACAUGGAAGAGUUGUGCAAAAAAAUUGCUGAACAUCGAAGCAGUGCCUGGAUUUUGGAGGCAGAUGAACAAGGAAAAAAAGUUAGCUAAACAAAAACAUAUCGACAUGUUCUACAAUCUCCAGUUUAGGAAUUUGGGGAGUUUUUACAACUAUUUUUAGAGAAAUUGAAAUCAUAAACAUUUUAUAUUGAGUUCUAUUCAUUGUAUCACAGGCGAGGAGUUUGCUCAUCCCAAGUGAAGAACCCCAACAACCAACACCAACUGCAAAGUCUAAAGCCUAAACAAUCAGUGGCAACAUCGACAACUGUAUCCCAGUCCAAACCAAGGCAUAUAAGCUAACUCUUAAGAAAAUUUAAUCUUUUUUAAAAAACGUUACUGAACAAAAGUUAUUUGACCUCCUUCCAUGGUUGUAAGUUAUGCGGAAGGGAGUUAUGCGGAAGGGGGCAUAGAACCGGUUAGAAGAAAUUAGUUUUCAUGUUUUUUCUACUGCAAAUUUGACUUUUGGAAAUUAAAUUCAAAGGAUCUUUUAUGCAACAAAUGGUCCUUUUAAAUAGUAAGAGUGGAAAUGCAAUAAAUGGAUAAAUGAGUGGUCAUAAUAAAGUGAAAAGGUUGGAAUUGGUGCCGCUUCAUUCUUGGUUCUCUGUCUUUUAAUUUAUUACCUCCCAUAUGAAACUUUCUUUUGUUCAUAUAGCUAAAGUGAUAGUAAGAUGUAGUGAGGAAAUAUGUCACUAAAUAUAGAAAAUGUAUAUUGUCAGGGAAGCAAGUCAUUAGAAGGAUUUCGAGUAGUAUGAAGAAUAUUGGAAUUCAAUGGAAGCCAUAUCAGAUUGCUAAAUUGUAUUAUCUUGAGCGGCUGCAACAAAAUGCAUGAGAAGAUUUGGAGUUAUAAAGUGCCAAAUUCGUUACUGUGGAAGGGACACUAUGAUGCCACUGUGUUACUGGAAAUUCAGAUUCCAUAAUGGUUUGGUAUGAGAAAGAAUUUUUAGAAAAUGAAAUGGUCAAGAGGGGAGAUGAAGAAGGGGUAAUAAAUAUUGAGGGGCCACACCAUCUGGAGGAUAUAAACGAAAUUAUAGUAUAUGCCCCUAUGUUUUUUAAAGCAGAUCGUGAGCUUGGGUUUAUUUGUAUCAUGAUGCCAAGGUAACCAUUGGCAGCUCAACUCGUGUAGGCCAUAUCGAUCAUAAUGAAGUGCUAUAUUUCGUAAAGGAUGAGCUAUAUUUGGAUAAUGAUGAUGUAACGAAUCAAAGUUAAAACCAGUGGUCACUAUAAUGUUUUUAACACUAAAGUUGAUGUAUGUCUGCAACAGAUGUGGCCAAUGAUGUGCUCCUGAUCUUGUAGCUACCACUUCUCCUGCUUCAAUGAACAAUUUUCAAUACAAGAAAAUCUACACGCUUCAGAACCAAGUCUCUUCAACCCAAUGGAACUUGAAGGUCAUGAGAAAGCAACAGAAUCGGUAGUGUGACAAUCUAGAAUAUGCGCUUUCUCUGUAAAAAGUUUUUAUUUUGGGGAGCUUGAGAUUGGAUCAUUGGCACAUAUUUAAUAUCUCAUUUUCAGUCAUGAUAGAUCAAAACAUAGAAAACUUUAGCAUUUUAAAAUUAUAAGUGGGAUCCAUGAGGUCAGAUGCAGUUUGGGAAUUGGGAUGUAAUUUUCUUGGCUUAAUCUCAUCUGAAAUCAAACAUUAUUACACCACAUUGAGAUGCAUAACAUAUAGUAAUGUCUCUGUA